UUCAUUGCAAGCAUACUGUUGAGUUCCUCAGUUCAAAAGUGCUACUCUGGAUGAUUUUUCUGGCUGUUACAAAAUUGAAUUUUGAUAAGUAUGUUGGUUGUGGAAUCUCUAUGAUAUCCCCAUGAACUGGUUUAUUGAUGCUGGAGUCAUGGAGCAGAAGAGUGGCUUUCUGGGUAAAAAGGGGAAGUGUUGGUUAUGGUGGGCAGAGGAGCUCUCUCUGCAGGGUUGGAAGAACCACAUAUACUGCCACUAUUUUGGUUCAAAGAGGAUCAGGGAGACUUGGUGGAGAAAGCUUCUCUUUUUAUGGGUUGUAGGUUGGCUGCUUAGUUCUUUAUGGAUUUUCUGGUUCAUGCAUUCACAAGCUGUUGAGAAGAGGAAGGAGACACUGGCCAGUAUGUGUGAUGAACGAGCUCGGAUGCUUCAGGACCAAUUCAAUGUCAGCAUGAACCAUCUUCAGGCUUUAGCAAUUCUUAUUUCAACCUUUCAUCAUGCUAAAGAGCCAUCCGCCAUCGAUCAGGCGACUUUUGCAAGAUAUGCUGAAAGAACUGCUUUUGAGAGACCCUUAACAAGCGGUGUAGCUUAUGCUGUUAAGGUUUUACAUUCUGAGAGAGAGGCAUUUGAGAGAAAACAAGGAUGGACUAUUAAGGUGAUGUAUUCUAAGAAACAAUAUCUGGCUGCUGAGGCACAGGAGGCAUCACCGUUACAAGCAGAAUAUGCUCCUGUUAUAUUCGCGCAAGAUGCAUAUAAGCAUGUCAUUUCACUCGAUAUGUUGUCGGGAAAGGAGGACCUUGAAAAUAUUCUAAGAGCAAGGUCAUCAGGGAAGGGGGUUCUAACAGCUCCCUUCAGGCUUGUAAAAUCAAACCGUCUCGGUGUCAUCCUUACAUAUGCCGUCUAUAAGAGAGAGCUUCCUUUAGAUGCAACCUCAACGGAGAGAAUCCAAGCAGCCAUUGGGUACUUGGGUGGAAUUUUUGAUGUUGAAGCUUUGGUAGAUAAGUUACUUCACCAGCUUGCUUGUAAGCAGUCUAUUAUGGUUAAUGUAUAUGACACCACUACUCAUGAUGAACCUAUUAGUAUGUAUGGCGCAAACAUUACCAAUAAAGGCAUAAACCAUAAAAGUUCUCUCAACUUUGGGGACCCAAUGAGAAAACAUGAGAUGCACUGCAGAUUCAAGCAAAAUCCACCUUUGCCGUGGCUCGCAAUUACAACAUCAUUUGGAGCUCUUGUUAUUGCUCUGUUAAUUGGCUACAUUUUUCAUGCUACCGUCAACCGCAUAGCCAAAGUGGAAGAUGACUAUAGAGAGAUGAUGGAGCUUAAAAAGCGGGCAGAGGCCGCUGACGUUGCCAAAUCACAGUUCCUGGCGACCGUUUCUCAUGAGAUCAGAACCCCUAUGAAUGGUGUUUUGGGUAUGCUACAAAUGCUCAUGGACACUGAUCUUGAUAUAACACAACAAGAUUAUGUUAGAACUGCUCAAGCUAGUGGGAAGGCUUUAGUGUCACUUAUAAAUGAGGUCCUUGAUCAGGCAAAAAUUGAAUCUGGUAAGCUUGAGCUUGAGGCUGCUCCUUUUGACUUGAGGGCUGUUUUUGAUGAUGUCCUGUCACUCUUCUAUGGUAAAUCUCAUGAGAAAGGAAUUGAGUUGGCAGUGUAUGUUUCUGAUCAGGUUCCAGAGACUCUAAUUGGUGAUUCAGGAAGGGUGCGUCAAAUCGUCACCAACCUGAUGGGUAAUUCUAUCAAAUUCACGGAGAAGGGGCACAUAUUUUUAACUGCUCAUCUUGUAGAAGAGGUAAUGACUUACUCAUUAGAAGAGGAAAAGAAGGGAUAUUCCUUGUACAGCUUGAGUGGUUUUCGAGUGGUUGACAGAAGGCAAAGCUGGGCGAACUUUAAUAUCUUCAACCAAGACCCUGGAUUUCAGCAGCUUCGCUCAUCUUCAUCUUCUGACCUCAUAAACCUGAUCAUAUCUGUUGAAGAUACUGGAGUGGGGAUCCCUCGUGAAGCCCAGUCCCGAGUAUUUACCCCAUUCAUGCAGUUUGGGCCCUCAAUUUCAAGGAUUCAUGGUGGCACUGGAAUUGGGCUGAGCAUUAGCAAAUGCUUGGUGAAUCUCAUGAAGGGAGAGAUUGGUUUUUCUAGUGAGCCUCAAGUAGGUUCUACAUUCACUUUUACUGCCAUUCUAUCUAGAGCAAGAGCCAACUUGAAUGAGUACAAACCAUCAGAGUUUCAAGGAAUGACAGCUUUGGUAGUUGAUCACAGGCCAGCCCGUGCAAAGGUUACGAAAUAUCAUCUCCAACGGCUAGGAAUACAAUCCAAGCUAGCUGGGGAUCUAAAUGAAGCCCUUCCAUUGCUAGCAGAUGGAGCAAAGUUUGUUAAUAUGGCACUUGUUGACAAGGAGGCUUGGUUAAUAAAUCCACUUUUUAUGGACAAACUAAGGAAAGAGAAAAUUUUUGAUGCUCGAAAACUUUUUAUAUUGACAAAUCCUUGUAACUCGACUAGGAAUGGUUCAGCAAAUUAUAUGGAAUAUGAUUCUACAGUGAUUAUGAAGCCAUUAAGAGCAAGUAAGCUUCUGGUAUCUUUGCAACGUGCCAUGGGAAGUGGAGGCAAGGAUAACUUCAUAAGUGGUGGACUUCCUGGUUUGUCUUUAAGCAGUCUUCUUCAAGGAAGGCAGAUUCUGGUUGUGGAUGACAAUAUAGUGAACCUCAGAGUAGCUGCAGGUGCUUUGAAGAAGUAUGGAGCUGAAGUAAUCUGUGCAGAUAGUGGGAAAAAGGCUAUAAUGAUGCUCAAGCCUCCACACAAGUUUGAUGCUUGCUUUAUGGAUAUUCAAAUGCCUGAAAUGGAUGGGUUUGAGGUGACUCGAAGGAUACGUGAGAUGGAGGCUAAUAUAAAUGAUCACAUUAAGCAUGGCGAAGUUUCUUUCGAAACUUGUAGUGAAGUCUUGAAUUGGCAUGUUCCCAUAUUGGCCAUGACGGCGGAUGUGAUCCAGGCGACACACGAGGAGUGCUUGAAAUGUAAAAUGGAUGGCUAUGUUUCAAAGCCAUUUGAAGGAGAACAGCUCUAUAGGGAAGUGGCACGAUUUUUUAAAUCAAACACUAAGAAGAUUCAGUAGGUCAGCCUAAUGCAUUUAGUGAUACCAGAGGAUUUUGACAAGAGGGCUCUUCUACUUCAGCAUCAAGAAUUCAUCGAGUUCUUUGUUUAUUUGAUGAAAUCAUCUGACCAUCUUUACCAUACAUGAAAAAUUACGACGAAGGGAGCUAUUUUCUAUGUUUCAACUUAAAGUACUUACGAGAAGGCGCAUUUUUUUAAUCAGAAAUUAUUGAAUACAGUGCCAACCAUCAUUUAUCAAUAAGAAACUUUUAUCCUCGAAGGGAGCUCACUAACUUCUGGUACAGAUGAAAGCCAAGUCAGUGUAAAGAUGUAGAAGUAGUUAUUGAUGUUGAAUUCCAUGUCAGCAUUGUACAGUGAGGGAGGAACUCCUCUUCCUGGUUUAAAGAUUUGUGCAGCAGAUUGAAGUGUAAAAUAAAUAUGGUGGCAACUGGGGGAAAUUCUUUGGCUCCCUCUGCCAAUUAUGAUUAGAGUGUAUAGAGAUGCAUAGUCUUUCACAUCUCACAUCUUCCUUUUAUUUGUUUACUCUCGUGAAGGUUAAUGCAUAUGAACUUCUCAAUACUUUAUUGCUUGGAUGUUUGUUGCUGAUUUAGUA